GUGUAAAUAGAAUUAAAUAAUAAAUUUAUUUUUUAAAUUUGAUUCCCAUUGAAUGAAACUGUAGAUAAAAGAAGCAUUUACUAAAAGAGAAGAUGAACUAAACCUCAAAUUUCUGAUUUAUGUUUUCUCUUUACUGUCAAAGUGGGUGUGUAUAUUUAUCACUGUUGACUUUUGGUUUUCAAAUUAGUUUGUUAAUUUUUAUAUAUAUAUUUUUAUAUAUAACUGCAGCCCAAUGGCAAAAAACACGUUUAGUUCUGCCUUUCGUAAAAUUGAUGUAGACCAGUAUUCGGAAAACAACUUUAAAGAAGACGAAACCGAUUCAGGGGGCUCAGUUGGUCCAGACGAAACUGAAGUCAAUAAUUUACUUCAAAAAGGUAAAAAUUUUGAUGCCUUAAAGGUUGUGCUGAACAAUGCACCACUAGGAAUAAAAAAUCAGCAAAUUAAAGAAACUGCAUUCAAUGUGACUUUUAAAGUUUUAUUGGCAAUCAAACCAUCCCAAAUAGAAGAGACAGUGAACUCCCUAGAUAUCGAAUCAUUAGAUACUUUGAUGAAGUAUGUGUAUAAAGGAUUUGAAUACCCAUCAGAAGGAAGCAGUGGUCAUUUACUUUUGUGGCAUGAGAAGAUCUAUAACCUUGCUGGAGUAGGGUGUAUUGUAAGAGUAUUAUCAGACACUAGAAGAAUAUAGAGAUUUUAAUUCAUAUUUCGAGAAAUACAAAGCAAAACUAUUAUAGAGAAAUGUCUUCAAAAAACGGGGCAAUUGUAGUUGAUAUUUUGUUUUGUAUUACUGUGUUACUUUUAUCCUGCAAUGGAAAAGACUUAAGCUUUAUUUGUUCCUGUAUUAAUUUGUACACUUAUGAUAUUACGAUUUCAAGUCAUCUUUAGUGCUAUAUUUCAAUUAUUUUUGUGGCUAUAUUAUACUGAAUUCAUGAUUUUAUUUCUCUUGAUUAUAAAUCUACAGUAUAGCUUGAACCAAUCAUCCCUAUUGUAUUAUAAAAAACAAGAAUUGUUUAGAAUGAUAGUUUUCAGGAAGAGAUUAGACUAAUAAAUGGAUCUUUUCCCCCAAAUAAACUCCAUUGUGAAUAGCUAAUGUAUGUAUACAUCUAAAAAUAAGCCAGUUCUUCUAUCAUAUUAUUUGUUGAAAUGUUUCACAUAGUUCAUCAUUAGAGAAGUACUUCAAAACACACUCAGGAAGACUUAAAAGCAUAGUAAUAUUCAUACUAAAGUAAUUAAAAUAAAUAUAUAUGCCUUAGGACGUUGGUAGUUUUGUAUUCUGAGUAUAUUUAUUGCUUUUUAGAUAAGUAUCAUUUUAUUAGUUUUCGUUAAGCAAUAACUUUCAUUUUUACAUUGUUUGUCAAUAAACGAAAAAUAGGAAACAA